AUGGCCUGCAAGUCGAACUCAGUGGUUCUUGAAUACAACAGCGCCAUAGUGGACCCAGCCGGUUUCACAGUCUACUGCCAACGGUACGAAGUGGCCUGGCGAUACCGGGCAUACUUUUGCCCAUACGUUGCAUAUAGCGCCGGAUGCUUCCGUGAUCUGUCAGCUUCUCAGAACGAAGCGGCAGCAUUGCCGGCAGGUGCCUAUGUCUUCGAAACGUCAUGCAUCACUGGCUUCAGUCCGCCCAACAACGGUCAAGAUUUUGCUUUGGAUGGCAGCCUCGUGAUCAACUUCAGCGAGGCCGUUGAGCCCGGUUCGGGCAACAUCGUCCUGACUCCUUUGAGCCUUGCCUCGCAGUACCGUUCCAUCCCCAUCCAGGAUGACUUGCAGGUCACAUUCGACUUGCUCAACACGUCCAUGACGAUCUCUCCGAAUGAUCCGCUGCUGGCAUCCGAAGUUGCACGAACCAACCUUUGUCCCAUAAAUGCGGUGACCUUGGACGACUGCAAGGGCCAGAUCUGGGACAUCACGCUGGCUUCUGGGGUCUUGCGCCGUGUCACGUCCACUCCAUUGCUGGCACAGCAGGACCUGCUGGAGCCGCUCCAGCCUGCCGGCUCCAAUGGUGAGACGUACCGUCUUGACGAAAGCGGCACGUCCUUUUGUCAGGCCUUCCCGGUGCCUCGUCUGCACGCGAACUCAGGCUUCCUGGACAGUACGGAGGCUGCCUUCAGCUCGGCGUUCGGUUAUGCUGAGAUGGAGGACACCGAACUGCCCAUCGUCAACGUCAUAACCAUGGGUGCGGCAGCGACCUCGGGGCGGGAAGAUGGAAUUGAUGUGAGCCUAACGCUGGACGAAGCCGGCACGGCCUUUUGCGUCGCUGUGCGCUCGGGCCUCCCGCAGCCCAGCCGCUUCAUGGUAGCAGCAGGACAGAUCCAGACAUGUGCAAGCACCUGA